CCUCAAGAUGCAGACAAGGCGUACUCUUGGUCUUGGGACGCCAAUGCCCGUCCGGGCUGCACUGCCAUCACACUUGCGGACCUCUUUGCUGCUUCUUCUCGAAGGCCGAAUCAGCCAUAAUAGCGAUGACCAAGCGUACACUGCCAUGAGGCACCUUGCUGCACCUUCCCACCUGCGAUGAACCCAUGGCGCUCGACCCCGUCACAGCGCUUGCUGUCGCUGGCAACGUCCUCCAGUUCGUGUCGCUGGGCACCAAACUCCUGACUUCUACGUAUGAAUAUUACGCCAAUGGCAUUCUCCGUCGACAUACGGAGCUGGAGAAGGAUGCGGGAACCUUGUCUCAUUUGACCGCUCAUCUGGAACGGGGGUUGACCUUCCACGCCCUCGGAAGAAAGCCAACAUGGGCGGAGAUUGGUCUACAGAACGUCAUCCAUGACUGUCAAGAGAUUGCAAGCGAGUUAAUAUCCCUUGUCCGCGAUCGCGGGGUCGGCGACACACACCAAGGAUGGAAAAGUUUCAAACAAGCCAUCAGAUCAAUGUGGGGAGAAGCCAAGAUCAACGUCGUGCUGGAAAAACUGGCAAACGCGCGAGAGCAGUUGAUGCUUAAUUUAUUGGUGUACUUUGGAUCGCGAGCAGCCUCCUCCACUGCGAUGCUCGAGCUUCGAGGAGAUCAAAUGGAGGCUAACAUUCUGCGUGAAAUGCGCAAGCGAUCGGCUUACCUACGAGACGAAAUCUCGGCCCUCAAAGAUGCUGUGGAGGCAGCAAAGGAAGAUGGCGGGGAAGAAGCAAGAGCUAUGUGGUCGUACAAGAACAGCGUGCAUUUUGUCCAACUCUCCGAUCACCUCAAGAUUACCGUUUUUGCAAAAAAGAUGGCCGCUCGCCUCUAUUUCACCCAGAUCGAGGAGAGGCGGUCAAAGAUACCUCCGGCCCACGAACGAACUUUCUCAUGGAUAUUCUCAGAUCACGACCACGGCCUUAGCAACCAUGUCCCUUUCAGGGCCUGGCUAGAAGGGGCCAGUGCUGUCAAAACGGUCUAUUGGGUCAGCGGGAAACCGGGCUCGGGGAAAAGUACCUUGAUGCAAUACCUGUUUGAGAACGAAACAACAAGAACAUUGCUGAAAUCCUGGGCAGGGUCAAAACAACUGUUGAUAGGACACUGCUUCUUUUGGAAUGCCGGAACAGAUAUUCAGAAAUCACUUACCGGUCUUUACCGGUCCGUGCUCCAUCAGCUUAUCACACAGCAGUCGUCGAUUGCCACUGAAGCGUUCCCUGAAAGAUGGGAAGGAUUUUGUCUCGGGGCUGAACCCCCCAAGGAUCUAUCCGACGCUGAACUUCGUUCUGCGUUCGACAACCUUGUCCGACGGACACAGGAUACUACAAGGAUUGCCCUGUUUGUGGACGGCUUAGAUGAGUUUGACGGCUCCGACGAACAGAGACAGGCGAUGAUCGACUCCCUUGUCCAACUGGCAAAUGCUCACGAAGUUAAAAUCUGCGCCUCCAGCCGCCCUUGGAAUAUAUUUGUGGACGCCUUCGCUACUUCUCCGAAGCUUCGGCUAGAGCUCCUAACACGGGGAGACAUUACAAACUAUGUGCAGGAUCACUUCCGUCAAAAUCAACACUUCAAACAGCUCAAAGACGUGUAUCCUGAACGGUCCGAUGAACUUAUGGACGAAAUUGUGAACAAAGCCAGCGGCGUAUUUCUGUGGGUGUAUCUGGUGGUCAAGAACCUCCUUACCGGUCUUCGGGACGGUGACACCGUUGAAGUGUUGCUUACAAGGCUACGCCAGAUACCUGACGACUUGGAUAAAUACUUCAUGUCCAUGAUGCAGUCGAUCGCCCCGUGUCAUCGAGCCAAGGCAUCCACUAUUUUCCAGCUGAUGCUGAACCCCAGUCAUCGGCCAAAUCUCCUGACCCUGUCUUUCAUCGACGAGCAGGAGCUGGAUUUCGCCACCAGCUCCCACACCAAGCAUGCAACCCUCCCGCAGAUUCAGUACCGCCAUGCAUUGGUGCCACGCAAGGUAAAUAGUUUGUGCAUGGGCCUGUUGGAGUGUGGUGACCCAACGAACAACCCGGCAAACAUGCUCUGCGACCGUAAUGUCGAUUAUCUCCAUCGCACCGUUCAUGAGUUCUUGACGAGUAUGGAAGCGCAACAGGUGUUAUUGCAAUUCACAAACGGCUCCAGCGAUGUCGAACAUUAUCUCUGCAACGCAUAUCUCGCGCAGAUAUUUUACUGUCGACGUCUCUUUCCUCGAGAACUAGAGGGAGAUCCAGCCGGGCCGCCCGAGCGUGAGCUCCUGAAACGAGUUGAAUUCGUCUUUGCACAUAUUUGGCGUCUGGAUUCAAACACUCCUCCUCUGAUUAGCCUCGUUGAUGAUUUGGCGGAUCUCUUGACCAUAUAUACCCCCUUACUUCUCAGGGCUUGUGCGGAUGCAGACUAUGGCAAUAUGCCUCUUCCGAAAUUCUUGAAGAUGUGGAGGACGAAUCCGUCACACAAACCCCUGCUAUUGGCCCUGGAGUGCAAGCUUUCACAGUACGCUGUCCAACGAUUGUCCGACGAUGUAACACGCGAGAACUAUCGCGACAGGCCCAUUUUGGACUAUUGUUUGCGGCCUUUCCUCUCUCGGGACCAACCGUGCAGUGCUGUUGUUGCCAGAGUAUUGGAGUUGGGUGCGGACCCGAAUGAGGAAACUGGAGAGUCAACUGUCUGGAUCCAGUUCCUGCAGCAGCUGCAUAAGCUCACAGCGGCACAACGUGGCAAUUGGGCCGGCGUGGCGAAGCUGAUGCUUCAAUACGGCGCGGCACAGAAGUAUACCGAUCAAUAUGGUAAGCGAACAAGGGUCGAAGGGGACAUCGACUCCCUGUUUGACGAAGAUACGGCGUGCGAUCUCAAGCAGGUACUGGCUCUGUCGAAACAUAAACGAGGUCUGUCGUUGAUAUCGGAACCGGUACAGCGGAGUCAGCCUGGUCCCGGCCGGUGGAGAAAGCGUUGGUCGUCUUUUGUCUUGCGGCAGAAGCAUGAGGUGUAAGGAGACAUACUCAAGAGGCCAGCCACAAAAGACCGGCUUGACGGAGGCCUUAAUUGUGAAUGGAGAUGGGAAGUGGUAGAGCACUAAGUGGCUCGAGCUGAUUGAGGUCUCGGGCAAACGGCAUAUUACAAGAAGGGCAUCAGUCACUUGUAAUGAAGACGCAUGUUCUGUUCUCGAGUUUGUGUUCUGCUCUGAGCUGGCGAAGCAUCUGUAUGGCCAUCUCCAACGGAGAACAUUUACCGAGCGUCUCUCAAGUCCAGACGGUAUCUCGGACUUGCACCCCGAGCGCUACAAGGCCAUCUCUCCUGUGAACUCUCUGUAGCCUACAGAUGGUGACCUGCGAAUGUGCAAAGUUGUGCAUUUCAGAUCAGCAUCAAUAGUGUCC